AUGGGUAAUAAUGCUAGUGUCGGUGGACAGAGAGCUAAUGUUGGCAAUAAUUCAUAUGAACAUAAUGGUUAUGAUUCUGUUCCACAACGUACAAAUGUUGGAGGUGCUGGCCUUGGAAAUCCCGCUAACACAGCUGUUGAUCCUCUAUAUACAAACAACGCUCAACAACCUGGCUGUAGUUAUGGAAACCCGGCGAAUGGCUAUGAGUUCAACAAACAAGCUGGUUUUGGUUAUGACAAUUUGCCACAUAACCAGAAUACGCAACAACCCACAUUUGUUACUGAAUAUGAUCAAUAUAAUCCACCCUAUUGA